AGGAAUUUGCUCGAAGAAUUAUGUGAGUAGGUGGCAACCGAUUACAAACUCAAGCGCUUAUCUCCAUCCAAUUAACCAAACUCCAUCCCUUUGGCAGCUCGUGGACCCAACUUUUUGCACCUCCUCCCAACUCUCUCUCGAAUUUUUCUUAUCUACUCAAUCCUACAUGAUCAAGGAUUCUUAACAGAAUCAUUAAUUAUCUUAUCAAGAAUUCGAAAUUUUCCCAAAUUAGUCCACAAGCGGCACAAUUUCUGAAAUCAAAUCCUUAUUAAAUCACUCCAAAAUGGAAACAACUUUGAUCAAGGUCCACACUGAUUUCGAUUAUCAAUUAAAACCCUCUCAAACCCAGAGCUUUUCGGUACCCAACUUCAUAAACAAUCAGGUAAAAAUUACUGACGAUCCGUUCCAGAUAUCCGACAUAGAGAUGAUUACUUUUCAGUCUGUGGUCUAUACCAGUCUCAAAGACCUGUUGCCCUCCUCGCCGCCGGCUGGGAUUUCGCCUACGAGCAGCCGGAAAGAUAGUUGGCGUGAAAUUCCGAUUAAAGACCCACUUCUUCAGCAUGCUGCGUGGGCUUAUCUUCAGCCGAUGACGACGGCGUGUGACGCUGAUGAUCGUAAUUGUUUUGUGAAGAUGAAGGAUAGGUGUGGUGGGUUGUUUGAGUGCUUCGGAGGGAUCAUUAUUAACGGCGUCGUAGUGCGGACAAUUAAAGGGUGGUUUAACCACGGAGGUAGAGAGAGUGAGGAAGAAGUGGACGGCAUUGGGUCUGAUAAAGUGGACUGAUACAAUACAAAGCGGCUUUUUUCCAGCUUAGGUUUCCUCGACUAAUUGAUAGAUAGAGUUUUUAUGAUUUGUGUAUAGAGAUAGAUAGAGUUUGUCUCAAUUGCUGGGUGAGAUGUAAAUAUAGAAUUAAAAUUGGUGAAAAUUUUCAUUGUGUCGAGGGAGAAGAAAGUGAUUUGCUUAGUUUAUUUUUUUUUUUUUUAACGGUAAAAAAUAUUCGGAUUAACUUUGGAGUUUGUUUUUUUUCAGUUUUGGUUGGAGCUUUCAUUGU